AGUGAUCCCCCAACGUGCUGAUAGCUUGUUGCAACCUGCUCCACAUUAAACCCUGUUUCACCCCGACUUUCCACCCCCAAAAACUGGGUGCGAUUGUGCAAUUGUGUGUCCACCUCUACAGACUGCCCGUUUGUGAAGCCUUACACGGUUGUGAAGACGUGUCAAGUGAGUUAUGUGACCUGAUCAGCGUGGUGAUCGUAUUGGGCCGUAACAACACCCCCAACGUGUGCGUGUGAAACCAUCCUGCUGCGCUGGUGAAAAUUGAUAACACCAAAGGGUGCGACAUAGUGUGCAUGUGUGAUAACAAGCAGUGAACAGAGCGCCAAACCACCUGAGUGACUCGGGAAAAUGGAUAAGAAAGAAAUAGUGCUCGUUACGGGCGGUUCCGGAUUCUACGGACAACACUUGAUCCGGGUUCUGCAGGAGCGGGACAACAAGGUGGGCGAAAUACGAGUGGUCGACCUUAACCCCUACGAGAACCGGCUCGGUCACACCGAGAGCAAGAAAGUUGUCUCGUUCGUCGGCGAUAUCUGUGACGCGAAAGCGAUCGAGCACGCAUUCGAAAACGUUGACUGCGUGUUUCAUCUGGCCGCGUACAUGAACUUCGACUUUCCGCCAAACUAUGGCGAGCUGCAGCGGGUCAACGUGGACGGAACGGCCCGGGUGAUCGAGCUGUGCCGCAAGUACAGCGUACCCCGGCUCGUCUUCACCAGCGACUGCCUCAUCCACAUGACACCGUACCUGGGGAAGGCCAACUUUACGAUCAUCUGCAAUCAGACGGAACCGAAGACGAAGGUCCCGGCGAAGGACGGCGAGUUCCAGAUACCGGGCUAUGCGGCCUCCAAGUGGCGGGCGGAGUGUCUUGCGAUUGAGGCCAACGACACACUGCUGGCAAAUGGUGAAAAGCUGAAAACCAUCGCCAUCCGACCACCGGUAAUGUUCGGCGAAUGUGACGAACGGUUCGUACCGUCCAUCACGAAGGUGGCGUUAAAGUUUAACGGCAGCAUCCCGAAGCUGGCCGGCCCCGGUGGCAAGCAGCAAAUUAUCUACGCGGGCAAUGCGGCCUGGUGUUUGGUGCGCGCGAAGGACGCACUGGUCGAGAAUGCCAAAAACAUCGCCGGCUAUCCGGUGUUCGUGACGGACGAGUCCGGCAUCGAGGAUACGACGCGCUUCUGUCAGCGGAUCUCGCGCGCCAACGAUACGCUAAAGCUGCGCCCAUCCAGCUACCAGAUCCCGCUGUUUCUGACCUUCUUUCUGGCGUUUCUGCUGGAGCUGCUGGUGAAGGCGCUGCACCCGUUUGCGAAAAUCAGGCUCCCGUUUCCACCGUGCGGUAUGCUGUCGUACAUGUCGUCCAUUAUGCUGUUCAAUCGGAUCCGCGCCUCGAUCUACCUGGACUACGAGCCCAUCUACAGCGAGGAGAAAGCCGUCACAAACAGUGCGCUGUGGUACGAGCGUUGGUAUCAGGAUUACUGCCAGGCGCACAGUCUGAAGAAGCUGAAAGUCAAGUGAAAAUAACGCUUUCCGCCAAACAGGGAUAGCAUCCCGCGAAUAGCAUCAAUCUGCUCACGGCCCUUAUCUGCCAGCGAGUGGUAGCGAAAUGUGUGCGCUGUUUUUUCUUCCUUGCUAUCCCUUCUUCUCCAAACUGUUCGCAAAUCGGUCGUAAAUAGAUUCCGCACAGUAUUGCCCGCGAUAAGGAUUGAGUUUUUUUGUUGUUACUCUUACUCCUCUUCUCACUCGAUUGGGGGCCAUUCCGUUGGGUACGCGGCACUAUUAACAUACCGGAUGGUAGGAUUUCUUCGUCCAAAAAACCCGUCGGUCCACCGGUGUAGCUGCAUUAUUUCUAACUGGGGGGCCCACUACAGUCAUCGGCCACCCUUCAGCCUACCUGGUGCACGCUUGAUUUGUCGGCAUAAACCGGCCCGACCCGGCCAAACACAUACCCCAAAUCGCUUCUCGGAAGCUACCUAAUGAAGCCAAGGCUUUUCUCGUGUCUUUUGCCAAAACCAUUUAAUUAAAAUUAACUUCACGAUUAUUAGGUUCGUGUACCGUUUGGUGCUGUGGUAGGGCUCCAGCGCAACUUCAAACCACCCGUCGGUGUGUGUGGAGGCCCCGGGAGGCUCCUGGCUCCUGCCUAGACGACGAAAUCGAUCGUACAGAAAUUAAUUAAACUUGUUUUGGCACAGCACAUGGAAUGUUUCACUGUGUGCGUGUGCGUGUGUGUGUGUGUAUUUGUCAAGGGGACGAUGGGACGGGCAUCCUCGGGCAUGGUGGGAGCCGUCCAUGCAGACGCGAUACGCUUCAAAAUCUAAUUACCUUCUUCAAUAAUCACGAUAAUCUUUGACAAUCGCAACGCAACGGACCCAUCGUACGAACCGUGCCGUUUGUUAUGCUAAUGUACAUUUUAUUUAUUUCUGCUCCAAGCUCCAUUAAUCCGCGUUGCUGCUGCUGCGUGGGCAGAGUCCUUACGGUGGACGGAAAGAAAUU